AUGAGGUAAACAAGUGUGAAGUGUGACAUUAAUCAAAUUUUUGACUUAAACCUCCUUAAAUGUGUCGAUAAAUGUCCAAAUUAAGACGAGAUAGCAACUAUUCCAUAUCACCCUUACCUAAAGAGAUAAUUCAAAUAUUGCAGAUAACUUGGAACAUUAUAUUAUCCAUUUAAAUCUAUGAUCUCAGCUUUGGUUGAAUUGUUCAACUAUCUACAAGCUGAUAAGAAAUCUUAUGAAAUAUUGAUAAAAGAAGGAGAAUUAGAGAAAUUAAGUGGACUUUAAAAUUUUCUCUUAUUGGAGACCCAGCAUAUAACAUAACUGCGAAAAUUCAACAAGGCUUGUUAACAGAAGCUGAGUUGA